AUCACUGCAAUUACACGUGUGAAUCUUCUGCUUCAGUUGUUUUGUUGUUUUCUUAGUGUGGAGUGUAGGGUGUAUAUAAAUAAAUAAAUAAAUAAAUCUAGAGCUGUGUGGAGCUUGAAAACAUGCCUGUUAUGCAAAGGAUUGUGAAACCAACAACUCAUAGGUCAAAAAGAGCCCUCCUGGCCAGGGAACCAAAAUUGGUGGAGAAUACCAAAAAUGCAUUGUUUAUUAAAGGUAGAAAGACCAGUGGGAUGGUAGUAAACUGUAUGAAAGACUUGUAUGAUAUAAAGAAGCCACAUGGAAAGAUACUUAAUAGACAAAAUGACAUCUUGCCAUUUGAAAAUAUUACACCUGUUGAAGAAUUCUCAAGAAAACAUGAUGCUUCUAUGUUUAUGUUUGCAUCCCACAACAAGAAGAGGCCACACAAUCUCAUAUUGGGCCGUAUGUACGAUAGCCACAUCUUGGAUAUGGUUGAAUUCGGUAUUGAACGUUACAGAGGAUUAAAGGAAUUUAAAACUCAGAAGGUAUCCUUGGGAAUUAAGCCAUGUCUGUUAUUUGCUGGAGAAUUAUUUGAGCAUAAUCAUGAGUACAGACGAAUAAAGAACUUGUUGGUUGACAUGUUCCAAAGGGAGAAAAUUCAAGCAGUGAGACUCCAGGGCCUAGAACAUGCUCUUCUAUUCACUGCAGCAGAAGACCAGAUAUAUUUACGCAGCUACAGAAUACAGCUGAAGAAAUCUGGAAGCAGAAUUCCUAGAACAGAACUUGAAGAAAUUGGUCCAUCAAUUGACUUCAAAGUGAGAAGAACAAAGAUUUCAUCUGAUGACUUGUUCAAACUUGCUUGUAAGAGACCCAAGGAACUGAAGGUGAAGAAGGUCAAGAAUAUUUCAAAGGACACAUUUGGAACUCAACAUGGACGAAUUCAUAUUCCAAAACAAAAUAUUAAGAGAUUACAAACCCGAAAAAUGAAAGGCUUGAAGAAAACAGUCCUUGAAAAGGAAGAGCAAAGGAAACAGAGGUCUGUUGAUGCCAAAACUGACAUCCAGACCUGAAUAUAUAAUGAAUUAUUCUCUUUCUUCUACAUACACACAAAAUAUUUAGAGCAGUACAGAAUUUCUAAUCACACUGGUAUUAUUGGUGACAGGAAUUACUAGUACAAAAUUAAUGUCUUUUCUAAUAAAAUAUGGAAAUACUAAAACAUCAAAA